AUGGCGGUGGACUGGUGGCUGUGGGAGCUGUACAACAGCGCUGCAGAGCCAUUGCCAGAUCACCCAAAGCCAAAGAAGGCGGUCAAGACCAGCUCUGCCUCUCACUUCUGGAUGGACGAGCCUUGGCUGCGUCCUGGAGACAGAGUGGCAAGCGAGGUGGCCAGCGAGGGGAGCUCGGACGAGUUCCAGCCUGAAGAUCUUGGCAUUGGGUGGGUCCACCCACCCUAUGAAGGCAUCCUUGCGCCUGGCAAUGGGAAUGCUGGGGACCACGCAAGCUGCGCCGAGCAUGGGGACGGUGGGGACCAAACCAGCCUGAAGUGGAGCCCUGACCAUCCUGUAGUUGACCAGCUUUCAGCAUGGACGGUGGCCUCCCAGCGCCCCUCCAUCGGCCUCCCAGUGAGAUACUUGCAGCACACGACGUUGCACAGCUUGUACUGGCUUUUCACAGCGAGCUGGGACACCAUCAAAGAGCACCUGCCAUCAGGCGCCACCAAGCAAGCCAAAGACGGCCCCCCUUCCUAUCGCACAUUCUGCGCACGGUGGAAGUGCUGGAGGCGGUACAUCCGCAUCAGGAAGAGGAGCCAGCAUGCACAGUGCACCAUUUGCUGGGACCUCCAGCGCGCAAUGGAGGACGCCAAGAGCUCCUGGGCAAGUCGUUUGGAGGCAGCCAGGGCCCUGCGAGCCCACCACUCCAAGCAGUACUUAGACCGCUGCGUGUACUGGUCGCUGCGGUGGGCCGCAAGCACCGGCAAAAAUGUGCUCUGCAUCAACAUCGACUCCAUGGACAAAACGAAGUUCGCAUACCCCAGGUUUCCCACAGCCCGACUGCCCAAGGCUGUGGAGGGGUGCCUCCGGCCCAAGCUAGUCUUCACAGCUGCGCUGGCCCACGGGUACUGCUACAACUUGUAUACCAGCGAGGAGAACUUGUUCCACGGUGGCAGCCACUUCAUCGAAGACGUGGCGCGCAUCUGCAGGGAGCGGGGGCAGAGCCUGCCAGACCACCUGCUGAUUCAGUCGGACAACACUGUGGCGCAGGCCAAGAACAAAGAGGUCAUGGCAGUGUGUGCAACUUGGGCAAUGUUGAAACUGUUCCGCACGGUCACGGUCAACUUCCUGACAGUGGGGCACACGCAUGAAGACUGCGACCAGCUGCUCCUUGCCAGGCAGUUUGGCUGUGUGACCUCCUGGCUGCUGGACCUGGUCAAGUUCAACAAUGCGACAGACAUCCUGAAAUAUGUGCAAGGCAAGCUGGAGGACAAGAUGGCAGCAUGGCAGGAGUGCGUCCACGCCAAACACCUGCACGGCAUCCGUGACUGGAAGGGCUGGGUCGGCGAGCUCCUGGCUGCCCCUUUGUCGUGGCACAGCGCCUUCAUGAACCGUCAAGGUGUGGAUGCCCCGCACUCCUGGUGUUUCAAGGCAAGGCGUGACCUGUGGCAGACUGAACUGCGCAAUGGGACAGAAGAUAGAUGGUGCGCCAACUCCAGUGACAUCAUGCUGUGCUUGAAGGCUUACAUGAGUGACACACGGCUGCAACAGCCACCUCUCCAGUGCUUGCAGGAGAGGCAACACUCUCCGCUCAUUCGCGAAGUGCUGCCCAGCCAGCUUGUAGCGCACAAGCCGCUGCCAAAAACUUUGAUUGACAACUACCUGGCGCUCGCGCAGUGGGCUGAGGAGGCUGGCUAUGCAGAAGCUGCGCAAGCACUCACGGAGCUGGUGGAGACGCGGCGGUAUGAGCGAGCCCCGCUAGGCUGGCUUAGGGAGCCUCGCGAGUAUGCUCAGGACACUUCCCUGGACCGGAAUCCGUUCCACUCCCAUUUGCCACGGAACACUUGGCGGCUGGUGAUGGGAUAG